CCGUCCAACCCUCCCCGUAUUUUACAAUAAUUUAAUAUACUUUCAAAAUAUAAUAUUGUACACCGACCAACAGUUGUAAUAUAAUAUCAUCGUUAUAACUUCUUAUUAUAUCGUUAUAGGAACGUGUUUUCAGCAAUCACAUUUUCUCCUCAUUUUUCUUUUGCUCCUCUUUUCGAAUACUAAACAAACAUUAUAAAAAUUAUACAAGCGAUAGAAUAUACCGCAACAAUACUAUAUAAAUAAACAUCCCGUGACGACAUCAACCAACUCAAUCAAUUCCAACAGAUAUACAACAAGACAAUAAAAAUGGCAAUGAAUUGGUGGAAAAUAAUGGUCUUGCAAAUAUUGAUAACUACUGUAAUUUGUUCAACUGGAUUGGAUCUUGGCGAUGAUUCAAAAUUAUCAAAUGAAAAUAUAAUUUUAUUAUUUAAACAGUUUUUAGAGGAUAUAAAUAAUCAACACGCCAUUAAAGAUAAUGAUGAAAUAGAAAAAAUAAAAGAUUUAUAUCAACCAUUGUCAUUGACAUCAUUAAAUGGCAAAUAUCUUGACAAAUUCACAGAGAAUGAAAUAAAAAAUGAGGAAUUACAGCAAUCAACAUUUGAAAACCAUCAAAAUAUGAAAAGUAUUAAACAUUUUAACAAGAGAAGAGAUCAAGAAAAUUUAUGUUAUUUUAAGAUUUGCAACAAAAAAAGAUCUAUAAACGACUAUGACAAUUUUAUCCGCUACAUAACAAAAAGAUAUUAUAAUCCACAACAGUUUUAAAUUAUCAAUUUUUGAUUUUAUUGGAAAAAAUAAAUUCUUAGUAAAUGUAUUAUUCCAAUAAAAUAAUAACAUAAAUAAUAAGUAGUUUGGUACUGUGAAGAUUCAUUAAGUUCGUAAUUCAUUAAGUAUAUCAUUAUAAUUCAUAUUUAUAUACAAAUAACAAAGCAUAGUAAACAUUUGAUGUAUUAGUUAUGUAAUUUAGAUAUUUAGAUAUUAUGAAUGUCAUUAAUGCACAAAAUUAAAUAUAUCUAAUACCUAAAGUUUAAAUAGAUUUUAAUAGAAAAUUAUAUUUAAAUUUUAAAUUUUAAUAAUUUUAAUCAAUAUACUUGAAGUAAAAUAUAUACAUAGGUUUGUUUAUUUAUUACUUAAUGUAAAAUGUACUAUACUGUGCUUACAGUAACCAUAGUAGAAAACAGAAAAAAGAAAUAAUUACUAAGAAAUGAUAGGUGCCUACUACAUCUACCUAUGAAUAAUCUUAAAUUUUUGAUCUUGCACUAAUAGUUGAACUAAAACAUGAUAUUUUAGUGUAC